AUGGCCAUUACAAGAUCCUUAACCAAGAAAGCAAAAGCAAGCAACAAUCUUGUUUCUGUCCUGCCUCCAGAAGUUAUCGAAUGGGAGAUACUGCCUAGACUUUCUGUAAAAUCACUUUUGCAAUAUAAAUCUGUUUGUAAAUCCUGGAAUUUGCAUAUCUCAACCGACCAUAACUUCGUCAAGUCGCAGCUUCAUCAUAACCCCUGCAGAAACUCUCUCAUACUGCAUCAUGGACUAUGUCAUGAAAGUUACUCUAACUCUUUGGUAGUUGGCUGCAUUGAUGGAUUAGUAUGUGUCUUCCGUUGGGUCGGCGAUGCUUCAAAAGUAUUGGAAAUUGCGAUUUGGAAUCCUGCCACAAAUCUGUGUUUGGUGAUGCCUCCUCUUCCGAAGAGAAGUGUUGGAAGAUAUGAUGUCCUUUUAGGAUUUGGUUAUGAUUCUGUGGAGAAUGAUUUUAAGGUGAUUUAUGGUUACCUGAUUAGAGAAAAACCAUUAGCAGUUGAUGUAUAUUCAUGCAAAGCUGCUCGUUGGAAGCAAAUUGCUCCCUCCAACAUACUUUACCGCGGGGAAAUUUUGUUGAGUGGGUUCAACCCAAGUCCCACAUCGGAAAGAUAA